CACAGAUUGGUAAUGAGUCCUGCACCACUGCUGACCCUGCUGGGGGUGACCUUCUUGCUGCCCUGUGUGCAGGCUCUGGACUGCCAGUGGGGGGUCUUAGAGUCUGUGUGGAACGUAUCAGAGCUACCUGUCCGAUGGACAAAUGACAAGAAAACCUGUGCGAUGGGCGAAGGUUGCCAAGAAACGUUAAUGCUCAUAGAGAAUGGACCCCAAGUGAACUUGGUGCUCACAAAGGACUGCACUUUAGCACAGGAUCAGGAGGUCCAAGUCACUGAGCACAGGACAGGCCCUGGGCUCUCUGUCAUCUCCUACACUCACGUGUGCCGCCAUAGAGACUCCUGCAACAGCCUGUCCACUACUGAUGCCUUCUGGUCCCCGUCCCCUGCGGCAGUGCCAGGGACCAUGAGGUGCCCAGUCUGCUUUUCUAGACAUAACUGUCCAGAGAAUGCUCCAGAGCAGAUCUGCCCUGAGGGACAUACUCACUGCUACAACGGAGUCCUCAAGCUCAGGGGAGGGAGAAUUGCCACCAAUCUGAGAGUACAGGGGUGCAUGCCCAAACCAGGCUGUGAUCUGCUCAAUGGGACCCAGAAAAUCGGUCCCAUCGAUGUGAGUGAGAACUGCAAUCCUAAGUCAGAUACUCUGACCUGUCAUCGGGGGUCCAUGUUGCAGAUGGGGAGAAACUUGGCUCAAGAACCAGUUGAAUGGGACUCAUCCAUGGACCAGAUGUGUAAUGCUGGGGAGGCGUGUCAGGAAACACUGCUGCUCAUAGACUCAGGAAACAAAUCUCUCUUAGUGGGGAGUAAAGGCUGCAGCAAGGCGGGGGCACAGGAUUCUCAGGCUGUCUCUUUACACUCGCGGCCCCCCGGAGUACUGGUCGCCUCCUACACCCGGUUCUGCUCCUCUGACUUGUGUAACACAGCCCGCAGCAGCAGUGUCCUGCUGACCUCCCUCCCUAAGCCAGCUGCUCCUGCCCCAGGAGGCCUGCAGUGUCCUGUCUGUGUACAGGUUUUUGGAUCCUGCUCAGGAAGCUCCAACUUCGUUACCUGCCCUAAGGACACCACUCAUUGUUAUAAUGGUAACAUUGAUCUCAGUGGAGGUGGGGUGUCCGCCACACUGAGCGUUCAAGGUUGCAUGGCCCCAGCUUCCAGAUCCUUGCUGAACCAUGCCCAAACUAUUGGGAUCUUCUCUGUACAUGAGAACUUUGAAGAUAACAAAGAGUAUAAUCCUGAGCCUAUAUUCCCAAGUGGAGUAUCCCGGGCCACAUAUCUGCUCUGGGUGGUGGGACUUGGGCUAUCACUAGGCCUUUGGUGUGGGGGACUUUGCCCUCCCUACUAAAACCAUUUCCCCGUGAUUCUUAACCUCUGCUGACCACCUAAGUCCAAGCCUCCCUUUGACCUCAUAAUCAAAUGGCCUUGGACUCCAAAUUAUCUUCCCAUCGUCUCCAUGAAGUAUCCCUUCUCACCACCCCCCACCUGAUUCUUGUCACCUGGUAAUAACAUGGGGGUGCUAAGGAGCAGCUGAACUUACCCUGCAAGUAUUGGUCAAUGUGUCUGAUAAUAAAGACCCUGUUCUU